GUCGCCGGAAUGAGGGCUGGACGCGUCGGCCGGUGUGUGUCCGCCUUCCUCGCCGCCGUCGUCCUCGACGUGCUGGGUCUGGUCGUCCUCUUCGUGGGGAUAUUCGCCGAUCUCCGCGUGGACGGCGAGUUUUACGGCGACUUCUUGGUGUACAGCGGCUCGCUGGGCAUCUUCAGCAGCCUGGCCUUCUGGGUCGUGUGGUACAUCGGGAACAUCCAGGGCUCCGACGACGCCGUCGACAGCGGGCACCUGAAGAAGACCGGCAGCCUGGUGCAGCUGGCCCGGAAGCUGUCCGAGAGGCUGAACGGGACGCGGAGGGGCGAGGCCCCUCGGGCCAGGAGUGUGGAGGAGGCGGACUCGGGGCGGGUGGACGUGUCGCUCCGCAAAGCCAGCAAAGUGACAUGGGGCAAGUCCACCGCCUAUGUCAAUGGAGGUUACGACGGUGACGGCUUGGACUCCUUUGCUCCGUAUGACGAGACGAAGAAGAGGCCUGCCAUCCCGCAGAGGGACUCGAUGAGCCCACCCACCACAGAGAACGGGCGUAUUCCUCGUCCUGCUGCUGGCGCGACUCUCCUCAUGCCUGCAAAUCAUACAAACGAAGAUCGCUCCUAGUUCUGUGAUGCCACACCAGCCACAGCCCAAAUCCACCUGAUCCACCUGGAUCUCCGAACACUUGGGAUGUUAAUGUCAUCACAACAAGGCUGUUGAAAGAGAUCGUUUUGUUGGCAAAUAUGCGGUCAAAGGACCCUGCUCCCAUGGUAUGCCACUGUUUCAUGGCAACUUAUUUAUUAUUCAUUAUUAUUCUC